GGGCGGCGGCGGCGCGCUGGGCGGUGGCAGUGCCGGUGCUGUGGCGAGAGGCCGUGACUCCGCGGUGCCCCGCUCGCCCCCAGGUUCAGUCUGCUGCUGCCUUUGUUCUGUUUCACAACUGGUGACUCUCAAGACGGAUGUUUGUGUCAGUCACGUCUUUUGUUUCACGACUGGUCGACACUCAGAGUUCUGCAAGGAUUUCCCUCUGCUUUUGAGAGGCUUUACCAUGCUCCGAGCCUUUAGUCACACAAAUGGUAGGUGUGCCUUCCAUCAUCCCAAGUGUUGGCAUCAUCGUAAGUCAGUACUGGCAAUCAGGAGAGAAGAUGUUAAUGCAUGGGAAAGAAGAGCACCUCUAGCACCAAAGCACGUGAAGGAAUUGACACAGAUGGGAUACAAGGUUUUGGUGCAACCAUCAAACCGCAGAGCCAUCCACGAAAAGGAUUACAUCAAAGCAGGUGGCAUUAUUCAAGAAGAUAUUUCUGAGGCUUCUCUGAUACUAGGCGUGAAGAGACCUCCAGAGGACAAAUUAAUCCCUAAAAAGAACUAUGCUUUCUUUUCUCACACUAUUAAAGCCCAAGAAGCAAACAUGUCCCUUUUGGAUGAGAUUCUAAGACAGGAAAUUCGACUGUUUGACUAUGAAAAAAUGGUUGAUCAUAAAGGAAUGCGAGUUGUGGCCUUUGGAAAGUGGGCUGGUGUAGCAGGAAUGAUUAACAUUCUGCAUGGGCUGGGAUUACGAUUUUUAGCCCUGGGGCAUCACACUCCCUUCAUGCACAUUGGGAUGGCACAUAACUACAGGAAUAGCAGUCAGGCUGUGCAGGCAGUACGGGAUGCUGGAUAUGAAAUUUCACUGGGAUUGAUGCCAAAGUCAGUUGGGCCCCUAACAUUUGUGUUUACAGGCACUGGUAAUGUUUCUAAGGGUGCUCAGGAAAUGUUCAAUGCCCUCCCAUGUGAGUUCGUGGAACCACAUGAAUUAAAGGAAGUUUCCAGAUCUGGAGACCUCAGAAAAGUCUAUGGGACAGUGUUAAGUCGUCACCAUCAUCUUGUAAGAAAACACGAUGGACUCUAUGAUCCAGCAGACUAUGACAGACACCCAGAACUUUACACUUCUCGCUUUAACACUGAUAUUGCACCCUACACAACUUGUUUAAUUAAUGGCAUAUACUGGGAACAACAUACUCCUCGCUUGUUAAGUCGACAGGAUGUUCAGAAGCUGCUGGUGCCAGUUAGAUCUGCUGCUAAUGCAACAGAAGGCUGUCCUGAGUUACCACACAGACUUCUGGCAAUAUGUGACAUUUCAGCAGACACUGGAGGAUCUAUAGAAUUUAUGACGGAGUGUACAACAAUUGACAACCCAUUUUGUAUGUAUGAUGCUGACCAGCAUAUUAUUCAUGACAGUGUUGAAGGCUCUGGGAUUCUGAUGUGUUCCAUUGACAAUCUGCCUGCACAGCUGCCUAUAGAAGCAACAGAGUACUUUGGCGAUAUGCUUUUCCCAUAUAUUGAAGAGAUGCUGUUAUCAGAAGGCUCAGAACCUCUUGGAAGCCAGAAUUACUCAUCUGUUGUUCGAGAUGCAGUGAUUGCAUCCAAUGGCUCUCUGACACCUAAGUAUGAAUAUAUCCAGAAGCUGAGGGAGAGCAGGGAAUACGCUCAGUCACUGAAGAUGGGUGAUAAGAAGAGGGUUUUGUUGCUUGGAUCUGGCUAUGUUUCUGGUCCUGUACUAGAGUAUCUCACUAGAGAUUCCAGCGUUGACAUCACAGUUGCUUCUAUCAUGAAGGAACAACUUGAACAACUGUCAAGAAAAUACAACAACAUUACUUCAGUUCAUGUGGAUGUCGUUAAGCAUGAGGAGCAGCUGUCCUCUUUGGUGAAGAAACACAACCUUGUGAUCAGUUUGCUGCCUUAUUCAGUACAUCCUUUGGUUGCUAAGCAAUGUAUUGACAACAAAGUGAACUUGGUAACAGCCAGCUACUUAACACCAGCUAUGAAAGAACUCCAGGAGAGUGUAGAAGCUGCUGGUAUUACAGUUGUCAGCGAAAUGGGUUUGGAUCCUGGCCUCGACCAUAUGUUGGCAAUGGAAUGUAUUGACAAGGCAAAAGAAGUUGGUGCUAUGGUUGUAUCCUACACUUCCUUCUGCGGUGGCCUGCCAGCUCCAGAACACUCUGGUAAUCCUCUGAGGUACAAAUUCAGCUGGAGCCCACAAGGAGUGUUGCUGAAUACAAUUCAGUCUGCUACCUAUUUAAAAAAUGGAGAGAUUAUCAACAUUCCAGCUGGAGGAGCAUUACUUGAUUCUGUUACUCCCAUGGAUUUUUUCCCAGGAUUAAAUCUGGAAGGUUUUCCUAACAGAGACAGUACAAAAUAUGCUGAGCCGUAUGGUAUUCAGUCAGCUCACACUUUGUUGAGAGGCACCUUGAGAUACAGAGGAUACUCCAAAACUAUGGGAGGCUUUGUAAAACUAGGAUUAAUUAACUCAGAUCCUUACCCUUUGCUAAGCUCAACCACACCACCUCUAACCUGGAAAGAGCUGAUGUGCAAGCUGGUUGGAAUUAAUCUGCCUGCUGAGUACCAUGUUCUUAAAGAAGCUGUGUUUAGCAAGCUGGAAAAGGACAAAAGUCAGCUGGAGGCAGUGGAAUGGCUAGGUUUACUGGGAGAUGAACCAGUUCCAGCAGCAGAUUCCAUUGUGGGGGCUCUUGCAAAGCACAUGGAGACGAAGUUGCUCUUUGGCCCUGGAGAGAGAGAUAUGAUUGUUAUGAGAAAUGAAAUAGGUCUCAAGCAUCCUUCUGGUCAUUUGGAAGACAAAUAUAUUGAUCUUGUUGUCUAUGGUGAUAACAACGGAUACUCAGCGAUGGCUAAGACAGUAGGCUACCCCACAGCUAUUGCUGCCAAGAUGGUUCUAGAUGGUGAAAUAGAUGCCAAAGGCAUGGUUAUACCAUUGAUGAAGAAUGUUUAUGGACCAAUCCUUGAACGCGUUCGGGCAGAAGGCAUUGUGUACAGUACACGCAGUGUUAUCAAACAUUAGCAGGAAGCAGCCGACUGAAUCGGGUUUGGGCUUUCCUUGGUUUUAUUUCUCCCACCCCCACCUCUCCUUUAAGAAUCCCAGUCUGGACCAGCUAAAGGUAUCACCUGCCAUUUCAUACCUGAAUGAUGCCUUCCUUAAAACCAGUCACCUGACUUUGAUGUAAUAACUGUAGAUACUCAGAUCUGUGAGUCGUGGCAUUUUCCUCUUACAACUGUUUCAUGUACAUGUUUCAGUAUCAAUCUGACCUUUCUUUGUGUCUUUCCUGAAAUAUCUCAGGAGCAUUACUUUUUUUUAAUCAACAGAGUUUAUCUUCUAAGGGUAUAGGGUUAUUAUUGAGACAAAUUUAAGCUGAAAGAAAAUCUAUUAGUGGAUUCUUCCAUGGUGAAAAAUCUGGUUAGUGAAUUUCAUUGAUGCAACUUGAUAGUUCAUGUGGUAAAAAUAAUUUAUCAGUAUAAUGGAGAUGAAAGUAAUACUUCAAUUUAAAGUCUUGUUUGUUGUCCCUUGCCUUUUAGCACUGUGAAUGUUUUCACAAUAACAAUAUGCAAGAAAUAGUUCAGAAAUUCUGCACUACUAGCAAAUAAGAUCCUGUUAAAUCUUGAAAGUGUCCAGUUAUUAAGAUCUAGAUUUCAAAUAUUUAACAUUUAUGAAUGUAAGCUUAAACUAACUGGAAGAGGGAGGAAGUUUACCACAAGCCUUGCCCCUAUACCCUUUCCCACUGUGACACGUUGAAGCAACUGCUGUGAUGUGUUGCCUUGUGCUGCCCAGGGAGCAGGGGAGCGUUGAGCUUUGCAGCCAGGAAGGGCAUUUGGAAACACAACACAGCUAAUGUGCCUGGCGACCACUCCGAAUGACGUGGUUACUCUUUCUGUUUACACUGUGUGCCUCUUCCACGUUAAGUACUGUCACAAAGAGAGUGGACUGCAGUAUAAGCAGCUUUGAGAUGCAGCAGGCCUAGAGUUUAAAUCACUACUUUUGGAGUCAGCACCUGUCCCCUUGCUGCAUGCUCCUGGAGUGCUGCUGUGGGAACCUGCCUGCAGGAUCUGACGUGGUGCUGCUCAAGGCUGCCAGGAGCUCGCCAGCCUCUCAGCUCCCGCUAUGUGCUGUAGUGCACAGACCUACCAGCCUGGCUUCAGCCACUGUUGAGCCACAUCAGCCCAGAGCUGAACUUUAGCUUGAGUGCAGCUUCUCUCUGACAAAACAGCAGUUGCUUCUUUCCAGUUUGGGGUUGCGCUGUGGCUUUUGCUCAGGGAUCUCUACACGGCCUUGCAGAGGAAGUAUGACUUAGACUUCACUGGUGGACAGAUACCAUUUGCACUGGUACCUGUGCAACUGUCUGGAGCUCCCCUUUGCUAAAGCUGAACACUGAUGCUGGAAGCUGUCUGCUUUCCACUCAGCUCACAAGCACACUUUGCUGAUAAACGCACAGCCCUUUACCUCCUGGGAAGCAUAGUCCCAAGGGGAUGGAGUUCUAGGUGUUGCUCUGGUGGGUAGAAAAGCAGCCGUAACAAUAGCUGAAGGUUUAAUCUCCAAAUCUUACUGCUCAGAAUUUGGAUUUUCUUGGUGCAUAUGUAAUAAAAUAGCAGCUGCAAGAGAGGAGGGUGAAAGGAGCCAAAGAGAAGGCAGAGUAUUAUUGUCAAAGGGGAGGGUUUUUAAAAUUUUUAAUACAGAAUCACUGAAUACUUUUGUACAGUCAAAUGUGGGUUCUGUUACAGUGCCAUGUAUGUUCUGAGUGUCAGAUGAAACCCUAGUGUCACUCAGUUGCUUUGCCUCCCACUGGCCUUGCAGGCUGCUGGUCUGUUGUGUGGCUGGUAUGUGCAGCUGGGGUGAGGAUGGGGGUGGCAAUGUAUGUUCGGCUCUCUACUGCUUCUGCCUUCCCCCAAUAGAUUAAAGACCUACAACUAAAACAAGAUUUGUAUCUGCUGGUCCCUUCCAGUCCAGUGCUUGGUGGGACCAGGAUUUCACUCAAGAAUUCUCUGCUCUCUCCUUUAACAACAGAGUUGUGAUUCUUAAUAUACGCACGCACUUUGCUUGCUUUUCUGCCUAGGAAAUGCAGGAUGUAAAGAAAACCAGAAUUUCUUAAGAGUAUGUAGUCCCUUUGAAGCACAGAAAGAAUGAGCACUACAGAGUGUUUUCUUCAAGAAACACUGCUACUAUUUUUGAAACAUUUUGUAUCAGAAUAUAUUUCUCUUUCCCAGAGCAAUGCUGCUUUUUGUUUUCCAAGUCUAGACUCAAAUGAAUUUUAUUGCUCAGCUUUUGUAUGAAGAUUGGAAUUCUCAGUUCCCUUUGCAUAUUAUUGGAAAGGCAAUUGUAUCUUAUCCACAAGAUUGCUUCAAAAAUAAACCUGAAAAGUUG